CAUUUCCUGUUUCUCCGCAGUUUUCCCCAGCUUUGGGUGGUGGCCGCUGCUGGUCUCCGGCUUCCCGUUGGCGGAGGGCGAGGCGGCGUGGACAGCGGCCCCGGCACUCUGCGCCCCGCUGCCCGCAGCUGCGCGCCCGUUCGCCCGCCGCGCCCCGAGCCCGCCGCUUCUUGCCUCAGCGCCCGGCGGCCGCCGCGGCCCAGCGAGCGGCCCAAAUGCAGGCCAUCAAGUGUGUGGUGGUGGGAGACGGAGCUGUAGGUAAAACGUGCCUACUUAUCAGUUACACAACCAAUGCAUUUCCUGGAGAAUAUAUCCCCACUGUUUUUGACAACUACUCUGCCAACGUUAUGGUGGAUGGAAAACCGGUGAAUCUGGGCUUAUGGGACACAGCUGGACAAGAAGAUUAUGACAGAUUACGUCCCUUAUCCUAUCCGCAAACAGUUGGAGAAACGUAUGGUAAGGAUAUAACCUCCAGGGGCAAAGACAAGCCGGUUGCCGAUGUAUUCCUAAUUUGCUUUUCUCUUGUGAGUCCUGCAUCAUUUGAAAAUGUUCGAGCAAAGUGGUACCCUGAAGUGCGACACCACUGUCCCAACACCCCCAUCAUCUUGGUGGGAACCAAACUUGACCUCAGGGACGACAAAGACACGAUUGAAAAACUGAAGGAGAAGAAGCUGACUCCCAUCACCUACCCGCAGGGUUUGGCCAUGGCCAAGGAGAUCGGUGCUGUAAAAUACCUGGAGUGCUCGGCGCUCACGCAGCGAGGCCUCAAGACAGUGUUUGAUGAAGCCAUUCGAGCAGUUCUGUGCCCCCCUCCCGUCAAGAAGAGGAAGAGAAAAUGCCUGCUGUUGUAAAUGUCCGGGCCCCUCUCCUGUCCCCCUCGGAACCUUUGUAUGCUUUGCUCAAAAAUGGUGGAGCCUUCGCACUCAAUGCCAAGUUUUUGUUACAGAUUAGUUUUUCCAUAAAACCAUUUUGAAUCAAUCGGUAAUUUUUAGGUUUUAUUUGUUUCAAGUUUAAGACUUCAAACUUUCACAUUAUAUUAAAAUUUAGCCCUAAAAUGGCAAGCGUUCUUAAAGCCUUAUUUUUUAAAAGCCCCUGUUCUUGCUCAGAUUAAGAGUUGCCAAAAUAUCUUGUGAACUAAGUUGAAUCGUUGUGCUGAGAACACUAAGCACUAAACCGUUUACGACCUUUGUCUUUGAGGAGAGACUGCAGCGUCUCCAGUCGGGAAACGCAGAUGCCCGCUAGCUAGUCUCAGGCGGGAGCGCCCACCACCUCCUCCCUGCGCAGCCCGUGUGCGCCCCUGGCACGUGCUGUCCUUGCAGAACGAGUGUAAUAGCUCAGCUCUCUGGAUCAAUCUUUUUAAUUUUGUAGUGAUUUUUUUUUUUUUUUUUUAAAGUUAGUGUAACUGCUUUGGCUGAGAUUUGGAACCGCCCUCUGGCUCCCGUCCCCGUGACGCAGGGGCCACUGUGGCCAGGGGCGCACCGGGGCGGGCAUGCGCACCACAGGACGCGAUCAGAGGAUGAAGACAGUAUUCUGACAAAACAUGGAGGUUAACUUAACACUACACUGUGCACGUCAUUAUUAAGCCGAAAGUGUCACGGGUAAAAUCCUAGAAGAUUAAUUUCUGUCAUGCAGCGAACGAUGAAAGGUCGGGAUCAUCACUAAGUGUUUUAAGCUUUUUUUCUUAGACCUGCCAUCCCUCUUGAGAUCGGGCAUUUAAUUCAUCUUUGAACUGGUCGUUCCCAUAGUUGCUAACUUAGUGCUUUUCUUAUAGAACCCUUCUUAAUGAGCAAUAUGCCUCCUUGUAUUAUAAAAUCUUUCUGAUAACGCAUUAGACAUUUCUUUUGUAGAUUAGUGAAAGUGCAUUCCUGUUCACAUUACUUUAUUCAGAGCUAUUAAGCGCUUUCCUUAGUUUUCUAGUAAUUAGGUGUAAAAAUUGUGUUGCAGCUUUACAGUUUUUGAAAUAUUUUAGAUAUUCCUGAACUAUGAACUUUCUUAACAUCAUUGUCUUGCCAGAUCACCAGUACUGUACCUUGACUAAUGCUGACCCUCCGCCUUGCCUCCCCCCGACCCUUCCCCCCUGGACACAUGCUUCCUGUCGCUCUGCCUAACUAACCACGUUCCUUGGGUCUGUGAGGUUCCGUAAGCCCGUGCUCGUGCUAAUAACCACGUUCUGUACAACUUACCCGCUGGCAAGAAUAUAAGGUUGGACCUUUCAACCACUAUAACAAAAUUUUUUAAAUUGACCGUUGCAGACUUGUGGAGUGUUUUUACAUUGAUCUUUUGCUAAUGCAAUUAGCAGUUAUGUUUUGCAUGUAUGACUUAAUAAAUCCUUGAAUCAUA